UGAAAACACAAACAUGACUGGCACAAAAAACCUGAUCCUGCUGCUCGCCAGUCUGCUUCUGACAGGUGCGUGGUGUAAAAAAGAAGCGGUGUUUGUGUACAGGAGACUUGGAGGUAGCGCCCUCCUCCCAUGUACCAACCUGGUCUCCUCAGACUGCUCCGUCAUCACCUGGACCUUCUACAAGGGGGGGCAGGUGCGGUACACCCAGGAGGUCAGCGGGGGCCAGGUGAGGGCAGACUCAGACAAGUCCAGCCGCAUGUCCGUCACAUCCAACUGCUCUCUCUGCCUCCACGACCUCAGGGUCGACGACGCCGGCUCUUACGUCUGCCUGAAGGAUGGAAACGCCAUCGCUAACGUUUACCUUUCUGUCCUCACCAUCACUGUUCUUUCCAAAAUCAGUGACCUGCAGGCUGGAGGAAACCUCACCCUGAGCUGCAUCCUCUUCACUUACUAUGAUGCUGGGAGCUGCAAGGCAUACUCCAGCGGGUUCAGCCUCAGCUGGGUGACUGAGGACGGUGCUGUGCUGCCCAAAGACAGCAGGUAUGAGCUGAUUGGCCGCACCCGUUGCAACAUCACUCUGGUCACAAUACUCCAGCAGGAAGACAACAACAGGAAGUGGAGGUGUCAGGUGAACACCACAGAAAACGGCAGGGCAGUGUUCCAGGACUUCACAUCCGCCUUUUUGUUCCAAAAUCCUUCCACAGCCCAGGAUCUGAAUCUUUCCUCUACCGUGGAUUGUCCAUUCCAGCUGCCCAUCAGCCGCAUCGUGCUCUGUGUGGCUCUACCAGUCAUGGUGAUCAUAGUGGGAAUCUUCACAUGGAGAGGAGACCGUAAGAGGGCCAAAGCAUCUGCAGCUGACAUCGAGCUCCAGAAAAUCGGAUGACUGUUGAUCACUGUAUCUGUCCUUGAGUUGUUUUAAGAUUAUUAUUUUCAUAUUUUCAUUCAUAAAGACAUAUUACAACAACUUUGGCUGAAAUAAACCAUAAA